CAAACUGACUUAUUUAAACAAACACUAAGGGCAAAAACCUCCCCGGCUCUAUGGGAUUUUCCUUUUCGUAAUAUUUACAAGCAAUACUACAAUUAUUAUAUCUUUAUCAAGAGUACCGUUUGUUCAUAAAAGGUUUGGCUUUACUUGCAUCUGGGCAGAAUGGAAGACCCUUUCUAUGAAGUGAAAGCCGAUGCUUUGGCUCAAAUGGAAAAUGUCCGUAAACUAUUUGAAUCUUUCAUGAAGAGUCGAAAUGCAGGGAUUCCAGCACUUAACACGGAGCUUUCGUUUGCAAUUGAAGAGCUGAAUGAAACUUUAGAAGACUUGAAAGGAGCUAUUGAGAUUGCAAUGAGUAAUUCUGAACGAUACGGUUUGGAUGAACAAGAAUUGAAAGCGAGAAGAAAGUUUAUUACAGACCUCGACGUCGAAUUAAACAACUUAACUCUACAAAUGAAUGCCGCUCCAAGCACUGAUAUUGAGCCUGGACCAAAUAGCACAGAUAUGGCGAAAACAGCAUUGACUGAAGACGACCGCCACUCUCGAAGACAGGUGCAGCAACAAUUAUAUCAACAACAGGAUGUUAUGCUGGACGGUGUUUAUGAUACUGUUGGUAAUAUACGGAGUCUAGCUCAAUUGAUGGGUCAAGAAUUAGGAGAACAAUCAAACCUGAUAGACACAUUGGAUCACACUAUAGAAAAUACUAAUCAUAAACUGCGUCGAGGAAUGAAAAGGUUAAAGAAUUUUACAGUUGCCAGUGCCGAUUCAAAGUCAGGUUGUUGCAUUACUGUUUUGAUCUUUAUAUUAAUAGUUUUACUUGUACUCAUUGUUCUUCUGUAAACGGUUUUACGUGCAAUGACCCUUAUGAUAAUCAAGCAUACAUGGAUUCACGCUACAUGUAUUUUAUCCAACAGUGUCGCUUAAACGGAAUUUGAAACCCAUGAGAUUAAUCUAUCCCCAUUGUUUGUAACUCUAUUUUUUGGAUUUUUUAGAGGGUGGCUCUUGAUCUGUAAAGGUUAGUAAAAAUACCAAAACUACUUGAUAUGAUAUGACAUGACUAGACUUACUAUCUCCUUGUGCGGCCUCAUCUUCUCCCUCUCCUUCAUCAUCAUCAUCAUCUUCUUCUUCUAAAUCCACUGAACCUUCUUCAUCGCUAGCUUCCUCGGUCAUGGCUUCAGUGAAGUACUUGACAGCAUUGGGAAACAAAUCUUCAGCCAAAAAGAUGGUGAGAGAAGCACCGUCAAAAUCAUCGUCAUGUUCUUCACCAGUCCAACGGAAAUAGUCAAAGAAAUUUGGAGGGCUAUCUUGGUUCUUGCGGAAAAGGCUCUUUCCAGACUUCCACUUGAUGUCGACAGGCUUUGAAACAAGAGAGGUGUUGGUUUUUUCCAAACCCUCUUCGUCCUUCGUGGUGCUUUCUUUCACUCGAACUUCCUUAACCAAACUAAGGUUAUCAUCCUCCAAAUAAUCGUUAGGUUGGAAAGUCAAGGUGAUGCGGACAUCACGAGGAUCUUCCUUAUUGUAUCUUUCGACAUAGAUGUUUUCCAACUUUUCCAAGAGGAUGCUGUCUUCAGGAGUGAUGUAUUGGCCUAAGCAAGGGUUAGCAACGGUUUACAAAACAAACCGACUCCAACGAACAUACUGAUUUCAUCACCUGCAGCUUCAAGAACAACCACCCAGAAGUUGCGAAUGUUUUUCAAGAUAUCACGACGUUUCUCGAAAAGAGGCUUGAACAUUUCAUUCUGCUUCUUUACUGUAAAACCGGUUAGAAAUAUAUAAUUGAGCUUUAUGUAUUGUUAUGACAAGCAACCUACAGAUUUCGAGUUCAGCCUUUCCGAAAUCUUGUUCAAGAUUAGCAAGGCUCUCAAAGGCUUCUGCAGCAUCCAUGUUUUAUUGAAUAGUUAAUUUGGCACAAAGUUGGAAUUUUCUAAAUGUCCUGCUGGCAUUCUUUCGAUAUUUCGUGUAUUACCCUUACUAUGAAGUGAAAAUUGGUUUGUUUACGCUGAGUAUAUUUUACAUUUGCUGUUUAUUAUGAGCAUUGGAACUCUUAUUUAGAUGUAGGUCUAUUUGAGCUUACUCCGCUUCUUUUUUGAAAUCCGUUAGUCCGUUUCUUCUGCUGCGCCGGCGUAGUAACACGAAACGUAUUAUAAUGGUUAGUAUCAUCAUUCUGACAUGCAUAUGUUUGUUUCCACUCCUACAUGACUACUAGUUUCAGUGGAUAACAUAUCAAGAAUCCUGUGCCAAAAGUUGUAUAGCUAGAUUCAGGGAAAAUGAAAUAAAUGCAGCCUGCCAGCCCUCACCAGUCAGGUGUUGCUCAUAAUUUCGGUUGAUGAUAAUUACGUUUUUUUUUAUGAUGGGAUGAAUUCAAGAUAUGAAAUUAAUUGAGAUCAGCAUGCUAAAACAACUUACGAACAUUUUCAACUAGUCUAUUUUCGCCUAAACCCCGACUUUGCUUGAGAGCUUUUUUCUUUGGAUUGGUCUAUUUAAAUUGGUAUUUAUUACAUAUUCAAAAUGCUUUAGUAUUCUAGGUCAUUAGUUACGAGUUUUGAUCCUUCAUUAAAAAUGUCAAUCUGUCUUUAAGGGGAGGAAGAGUUACUGAAAUUUUAUAGCAUAUACAUAUUUUUUUUAGAAAUAUCUAUGAAAACUACUAGGAAG